AUGGCGAAACGUCGUUUCGGAAUGCAGGGAAAAGCCGCGUUCAACAUCGGAAAGAAAACAAGAAUGAACGAGCUGCGCCGGGCGAUAAAACGACGAGCGUCGGAAGACAACGACGACAAGGAAAACGACGGGCCCAGCCCGAACAAGCAAGUCGUGCCGGAGAUAGAACGAGGAGACGAGGCAGACGUGACAGUGCUGUCCGAAAACAGCGUGGAAUUUGUGGAGGCUAUCAACUUGGUGCCAGAAGCAGUCCGUGAAGAAACAGUGCCGGCCAGCGCAGUUCUCGUCGUCGACAACAACAGGAAUAUCGAAAAAAGCGUCACUCAGGAAAGAGGUGAGGAGUAAAACGGGAUCAAAAAAAGAAAAAAAAUUACAAAUGUCCAAGUUACAGAGGGUGCAAAAAUCAAGGGACAUGUUUUUGGAACCAACCCGACCGAAUGCGGAUCGGCUACGUGGGCCGAACAGAUUGUGCUCACCAAGAAGGCGGAUACGACGCUCCACGUCAUGUGCGACAUCAAAGAACAUCUGAACACGAUCACAAAGACGUUGAGAGAUCACAAUGAUCUGCUGCGCGUCCAACGCGAAGAAGAUAAGGCUAAAAGGGAGAUUUGGCGACACAUCGUGAAGGAAGAAGUCCGUGAGUGGAUAAGAAAAAUAGAAAAGCGCACAAUGGAGAAGAUCGACGCCGCCCAGAGCACAGCGGACCAUCACAAGGAAGACGACAACAACGCGGACAACAAAACGGAGCAGACAAUCGAGAAACCGGAGCCACCAAAGAAAGCGGACGGCAAAGGAAAAAGGGUGAGAGAGAGAGAACAGAAAAGAGAACAAAAAAGAAACUUACAGCACCGAUCGUGUCUAUUCUGCGGAGAUGACAAUCACGGAACCGAACUCUGCAACAAAUACGCCACUCCGGUCAUGCGAAUGGCGAGGAUGAGAGAACUCGGGAACUGCACAAUUUGCUCCAGACGACACAAGGACGAAUGCAAAUUUAGACAGCCGUUGGAGUGCCGCUGGUGCGACAAGAGACAUCUCAAUUUUCUGUGCCCCACGUACCUCGGUCUGACGACCAAGUAG